CUCACACAACCAACAAACCAAACUCCAUCGUUUGACUACUUGUAGCUGACAAGAGUAGAAGGAGGAAAAAUUACUACUUUUUCAUCAGCAGUAUUAAUUAUUAAAUUUCCCUCUACUGAGCUCCCCCCAUUCAUUUCCUUUGUCUACAAAUAAUUUCCCCAUCUUUAAUUCAUUGGGUGGUCAUGAUGGAAAUGGAAUCAUGUAAAAGAUCAAGUGGAGUGCAGAUUCCAGUAUUUGGAGAGUGGGAUAAGGCAAACGAACUGCCAAUCACCCAGUAUUUCGAGUCUGCUAGACAAGCUGGAUUGAUCCGCCAUUCUUCUUCACAACAACUAAAUCCUCAUCUCUAUUUCCACAAAGCUCACUUUUAUGCUAUCCCUAAUAAUCCUCCCAACACAAAGACAAAGGGAGCAGCAAUAAAUAAGAAGAGGUGUCCUGGAAAAGUAGAGAAAGGAAGGAAGGAAAGUGGGCCUCAAAGAGAGACAGCCCAGCUGCCCACUAACUCUAAACCUGUGGAUGAAGAUCUCUACAAAAUUCCUCCUCAUCUCCUUCCUGGAUAUAAGCGAAAGAGAAUGUUUGGAUUCUUCUCAAGAUGCCUUGCUCCCCCUUGCAAGGCAUAGGCACAAUUUGCCCAAGGCUAUUAUUGACAUGGAAGAUUUUGACAAAAAGAGAAACAGCAACAGCAUCUCAACUCCAAUAUUGGGUAAAAGGCUAUCCUGGUACGCUGGAAAAAAGGAGAGAUUGAGAAAUGGCUACGAUAGAGUUUCUCUUAUUCAUAUUAACAACUAAUCUAGGAGGAAUGUUUUUUCUGCUCUGCACCAAUCUCUGUAUUCAUGCUCUUUUUACUUUU